AUGUGGUGGAAGCAAGAGGAAGCCUCCAUGAUGUGGCGGAAGCAAGAGGAAGCCUCCACGAGGUGGUGGAAGCAGAGGAAGCCUCCACGAGGUGGUGGAAGCAAGAGGAAGCCUCCACGAGGUGGUGGAAGCAAGAGGAAGCCUCCACGAGGUGGUGGAAGCAAGAGAAAGCCUCCACGAGGUGGUGGAAGCAAGAGGAAGCCUCCACGAGGUGGUGGAAGCAAGAGAAAGCCUCCACGAGGUGGUGGAAGCAAAAGGAAGCCUCCACGAGGUGGUGGAAGCAAGAGGAAGCCUCCACGAGGUGGUGGAAGCAAGAGGAAGCCUCCACGAGGUGGUGGAAGCAAGAGGAAGCCUCCACGAGGUGGUGGAAGCAAGAGGAAGCCUCCACGAGGUGGUGGAAGCAAGAGGAAGCCUCCACGAGGUGGUGGAAGCAAGAGGAAGCCUCCACGAGGUGGUGGAAGCAAAUGGAAGCCUCCAUGA